AUGGUGCUGGCCCCGGCCGCCGGGGCCGCGACCUGGCGCUGCUGCGGCCACUUCACGCGUCCUUUCUCCCAAGCGACGCGGCGCGGGGCGCGGCCAGGCGGGGAGGAGCUCGGCCGCCUGCCCCUGGAUGACCUGGGGUCGGUGCCGCGGCCGGCCGGGGGCCUGGAGCUUCUGUUUGGCCUGUCCCCGUGCCUCCUGGCGCUGCGGGCCGCCCGCCGCCGUGUCACCCGGCUCCUAAUCCAGGCCGGCAGGUCCGGGCUGGAGGGGCAGCGGGCUGAGCUGCUGCGCGCGGCCGAGGCGCGGACCAUCCCGGUGUUGCGGCCCCGGCGGCGGGAGCUGGACGUCCUGUGCCGCCACCAGGUUCACCAGGGCGUCUGCAUGGAAGUGAGCCCCCUGAGGCCCCGGCCCUGGGCCGAGGCCGAGGCCGAGAAGGCCCGACCAGGAGACGACCCCCAGCAGCUGUGGCUCGUCCUCGAGGGGCUGCAGGAUCCCCGGAAUCUUGGGGCCGUGCUGCGCUCCGCUCACUUCCUCGGAGUGGAUAAGGUCAUCACCAGCCGGAGAAACAGCUGCCCGCUCACUCCAGUAGUCAGCAAGGCCAGCGCCGGGGCUAUGGAGGUGAUGGACGUGUUCUCCACUGAUGACCUGGCCGGUUUUUUACAGGCCAGAGCCCGGCAGGGCUGGCUCGUGGCUGGCACGGUGGGCUGCCCGGGGCCUGAGAUCGCCCCGUCCUCCAAGAUCCCCAUCACUAGCUGCUUGGAGUUCUUAUGGGACCGGCCGACCCUCCUCGUGCUGGGGAAUGAGGGCUCUGGUCUUUCCCGGGAAGUGCAGGCCUCCUGCCAGCUUCUCCUCACCAUCCUGCCCGGCCGGCAGCUGCCUCCUGGACUCGAGUCCUUAAACGUCUCCGUGGCCGCAGGAAUCCUUCUUCACUCCAUUUGCAGCCAGAGGAAGGGGUUCCCAGUGGAAGGGGGCAGAGAGCAACUUCCCCAAGACCCCCAGCACCCCUCGGCCGCAUCUGAAGCAGCCAGCGUGGCUCGGCACCCAGGACUGUCCUCAGGAUCAGAAGAGAAGAGACACGACGGGGGCUAACCGGGACUGUCCACGGUGUCUGCCAGGGAGCCUCUGCACCCACACCCUCUAAUGUGCUGGAGUCUCUUGUCUUCUUAUGAGUGUGCAUCAGGCCUCUGUUUAUAAACCGCUGUCCUGGGGAGCCAGGGGCUUUGUGGUAGAGACCACAGGAAGUUCAGUUUCCCAUUUUUUUUUGGACUCGCAGUUGGAGAGGGCAGCCUGUUCAUUUCUGUGCUGCGCUGGGACCGAGGGUCUCUUUCUUCCCAGGUCCCAACUGGAAGUGAGAGGGCAUUUUGGACGUCAGAAGGGAAUCAGGCAACCCCAUCCAGGGUCCUCUUCCUCUUGGACGGGUGUGAGAAGGCAGAAGGAAGCCCGGGGCACUCCUGUGAGCCAGAUAGGUGCAAAUCCAGGCUCAAACCCUGUGAGCACACGGCUUCAUCUCUCUGUGUCUCAUGGCCCUCGUCUGCGCCUCUCCCCCAGGGCUGUUGUGAGGAUCCAGUAAGACAUCACUUGAUAACCGGCAGGCACCCCUUCUUUCUGGUUCCUCCACUAGGUGGCAGCCUUGCUCUUUGGUCCAGUCUCUUUGGGACGCUUUCGCAGCCACCUGGGGUGGUUCCUGGCUGUGACCCACCCCAGAGAGGCAGGGGAAAGAUUAGCAAAUACCUACCAACUCCCUGGCCCUCCAGCACCCGCCAUGGGUGAGUCACCAGUUAGUCGGCCUCCAUGGAAGGACCUGCUGAACCAGAGUUCUGGCCUUUGAUUCUGGGAGGUGGUGAGGACCUUGCAGAUCUGCCGUUUAUUGUACAACCCAGACAGAUUCGGUCCUCCUCUUCCAGGCUCCCAUGAGUGGAGCAGAGGCCACUAGGAUAAGUAGCUUAGAGCAGUCUUGGCUGCUCACUGGAACCAUGUGGCAAGCUUUGAGAAGCAGCUGACACCCCUCUCAGCCUGAUGGACUUGGUCAGCGUGCGGCAUGAACAUCCGACUUUUUAAAGGAC